AUUAAUGAAAUGGGUUCAAGCUGGUGAUUCACAUUGAAGAAGCUACUGUGUUGUUGGUUCAUUAGAUUCCUUUCGACUACCUCCUCUUAGUUACAUGAAGAUUGCUUGAUAUUUGUUAUGAGACAAUCCAAUCUUCUCCACAAUGGGUUCCAUGUCUGGAAUCCUUCAGAGACCUCUAACUGCAGCAGCUGCUGUUGCUGUAACUGCUGUUUCUGCUGUUACUGCUGAUCUAGCUGAUAGAUUCUCUCCUACCAAGUCAUCGGAUCCUUGUUUCUCCUCAGAAACAUUGAAUUCUUCUUAUCAAAGUUCAGUAGAGGAACCAAGGUCAUGGGUUUCUUGGAUUUCUGUUUCUAAUCUCAGAAACUUGUCAUUUGUGACAAGAGUCCAGAAACCUGUACCUAGCAUUAACUACCCAGUUCCUUAUUCUGGUUUUCCAAAUGCUUCGAGUUCAUGGUUCAAUUCACUUUCGACUUCUGUUGCUUCUCCUCCUGUUCUUGUAACAUCGUAUCAGUCUGCGGAUUUGGCCAAAGCACCGAAGGCAUCUGAAUUUAUACACUGCAGUCCUUCAUCACCCUCUGAGGUUCUGUACAGAUGGCAUUUACCAGACCCAAAUGCUUAUGGGGCUUCUGGUAAUUCAGAAUGUUCAUUUAAAAAGUCUAGAACGGUGGUUGUUUUACUUGGAUGGCUGGGGGCCAAGCAGAAGCAUCUGAAGAGAUAUGCAGAUUGGUAUACAUCAAGGGGGUUCCAUGCCAUUACCUUUACUUUCUCGAUGGCUGAGAUCCUCAGUUACCAGGUUGGUGAGAAAGCUGAACAGGACAUAGAGUUGCUUGCGAACCAUCUAGCUGGUUGGUUAGAGGAAGAACAUGGGAAAAAUCUCGUAUUUCACACUUUUAGCAAUACUGGCUGGUUGACGUAUGGGGUUAUUCUUGAGAAGUUUCAGAAGCAGGAUCCAACUUUAAUGGGUAAUAUUAGGGCUUGCAUUGUUGACUCAGCUCCUGUUGCAGCUCCAGACCCGCAGGUCUGGGCUUCUGGUUUUUCUGCUGCAUUUUUGAAAAAGCAGAGUAUUGCAACAAAAGGACUGGCUGGUGCUGAUUCUGGUGUGGAGGUAAGUGGUAGUGGCAAAAGUGAGGAACACAAACCUGCUGUGACUGAAACAGCUUUGCUUCUUGUUUUGGAGAAGUUCUUCGAGGUAGUUCUGAAUCUUCCUAAAGUUAACAGGAGGCUUUCUGAUGUGCUGGAUCUGUUAUCAUCAAAACAACCAAGAUGUCCACAGUUAUACAUCUACAGCACUGCGGAUAGGGUUAUUCCAGCUGAAGCCGUGGAAUCCUUCAUCGAGAAUCAGCGAAGGGCUGGCCAUGAGGUCAGAGCUUGCAAUUUUCUCUCUACUCCCCAUGUUGAUCAUUUCAGAAAUGAUCCAAACCUCUAUACUUCUCAGCUCACAAAGUUUUUGGAAGAUUGUGCUUGUAAACAUUCUUCUUAACUGAGCAAAGCAUACAUUUCCAUCAUUUUUUCACUGUCAGGUCAUACUUAUUACAGAUGAUAUACCCAUUCAAUCUAAAUUUUCUUCGUUAAAUUUGUUGGUGUAGAGGUUGUCAAAUUCAAAGCAGAAUUAUCUCUACCCUUAUU